AUGGCCGAGUUAAGGCAGCGUACUGCGAACUUGUUGGCUUUAGACCCGGAAGUGUAUGUGUUGAUACAUACCAGUCCGGGGAGACGGGAUGAUGGGACGGGGAUAUCCCCGCCUUUAUUUUGUAGCCCUUGCGGCCCAGGUGCCUAUUUUGAAGUGGUCACAUCGAAGCAAAACUUCCCGUCCAAGUCGGACAAACGGCCCUGCAGAAGCAGUGCAUUAGCAACAACCACCCCCGGCCGGUUGUGUCACUCCUGCAUUUCAGGGCACAACGCCGAAAAGUGCCCUGUCGACCCUCCUCCCCAUGUGCCCGGGCGCCGUCAGGUCCGCAUGAUAGAUCCACCGCACGUUUCCACCAACCUCGAGCACUGGCGGCCACUGACUGGGCAUCCCCCCUGGCGAACCUGGCGUGCCUGGCUGUCAACGGGUCCAAGUGUCAACCGCUACCUAGCCUCUCUGCUUGUACCUGACAUCCGAACAAGAAAUGCGCACGCAAUCGUCUUGUCAAGCGUCUUCCACAUCCGUCCUUCCAACAACAAACUCGCCUUCUCCGUUUUAUCAAGACGAGGCUGGUAUAUACAGUCGAUUCAACCUAUACAAAGACUUUCGUUUGCACGCUUGGUGAUUGACCGGGCUGCCGGUUCGCCCUGUUCGACCCUUGCGCACGCUUUCGAAGGCACAAUCAACGCCGUUAUGUCCCGGUCGUCUGUCAAUGGAGCCAACGGCAAAUCACUACUUUCCGCACCAGCGUCACCCCGAUCAUCCACGAGAGCUCUUUCGCGAAUGAAUUCCACGAUACGCGCCGUCUCCAGCUUCGACGACAGGAUAUCGGAGGACUCGAGUACCGAUGCGGUUCCUACUUCCAAUACAGCUUCGCAACACUCGACUCUUUCCAGCUCAGUGAACAGCUCUGUCAGCAUGGGUUCCGCCUCCCAAGACCAAUUGAAGCUACAGAAAGGAGAGAGCAAGACGCCUGCGCCGACUGUAAAGCUGAGACCCAGUCCGUCGUUUAACAAUCUAUCAGAAAAGUCGGUAUCUAGUUUGGAUGUACCAAGGAGGCUAGGCACAAAAUCAAGCUUCGAGCUCCCAAAUCGAGACAGUAGCCUGAACGCGACAGCACCACCACAGAGUCCCAUGUCAGACAACGGGGGAUCCAGCAUGCAGGAAACAAUAAGCGCCACCGAGGCCAACCUUGCCGGGGGAUGGGACUCGACAAUCGGGAAAGCCGGGUUAGGCAAGACGGGGCGCGUCAUCAACAAACUGGUGUCCGACAACGAGACGCUGAAGCGCGACAUUCAAAUCGAAAGGUUACGAGCCGAAGAGUCGAAAAACGCAGCGAAACUGUUGGAAGACAAACUCGAGCGCAUGGUCGCAGAUUAUGAAAGCCGGUUACUAGAGGCCAACGUAACAAAGACACUCCUGGCGCGUAAGGAACGACAGGUAGCGAGCCUACAGGAGACUGUCGACCUGGAGCGGAAGCGGGCCAUGGACGCAGGUGAGCGUGAGCGGACGUGGAAGGAUGAGAUGGAACGUGUGAAGGCCGAUGCCAAGAAACAAGUCGACGAAGCAACCAACCUCGCAGCUCUUAUGGAGGGCCGUUAUAACGCCAUCAGCAGCCAUUGGAAGGAACAAGGGGAGGAAGUCAAGCGAACAGUGGCCAAGAUGCGAACUGAGAUCGCCAGUCUCCUAGAGGAGAGGAGGCGGGAUGAUGACCGGAUAAAUACGCUACGCGAUUUAUGUGACCAACAGGAUGGAAACAUACGCGAGUUGAGGAAACAGAAGGAGGACAUAGCUGCGCAGUUUGAACGGUACAAGAUUGCGCAGGACGAGUCGUUAAAGGACAUCAAAGCCAAGGCAAGACAAAGGGAACUUGAACAGGAACGGACACUUCAGGAAACCAAGGAGGUGUUGGAUAAGCUGAAGUGGGCACUCAGUGUCAAGGAGAAAAUUGAGUGGGCUCAGUAG